AUGACACGGGAGCUUUUUUCGUUUGUGACGGACUUUAUCGUGGUUGGUGAGUUUUCGGAGCAAGAAGGACCGGUCCCGCUCAUGAUCUUGCCUGACGAGGAUGCAGCAGGAGGCUUUGACACGGCCUCUUUUGUCGUCCGCACGCUCGCUGCCGACUACCAGAGGUCGUCGGAUCCGUCAAACUCGCCGGACGACUCGCAGGUUGUCUUUACUAUCCCAUCUGAGGACGCCACCGCGUACAUCCAUCACCUCACGUUGUAUGACAUCCAUGCCCGUGGCUAUGUCCUGAUGGGCCAGUUUGCUGCGCUGCGCAAGGCCUUCUCGGCAGUCUCGGAGCUGUUCAAGACCGGUAACCAGCUUGUCUUUCUCCAGGAUCUCGAGCAUCGGCUCAUGGAUCUGCGGAUGACCAAGGACCUGCUGCUGGAGGGUCACCCAGAGUUGCCGGACGAGGCGCGCGAGGCGCUCACGCCCGAAAACGUCAACGCGUUCAUGACAUCGAUGGAGGAGCUGUACGACCGACUCAAGGCCGCUAUCUACGCUCGUAUCGAGAGCAAUCCGCGGCUGGCACUCUUCAAACCGUUUGUGGAGACCUAUGAGCGCGAGUCGGCCGCCGGCGCCUACACACCGCAGGUCCGGUCAACGCUGCACAAGGUCGCCCAUUUUGACCGCGGCCUCCGCGCGCUCUCCGAGAUCUGCCUCUCAGGCUUUGCCACCGGCGUCGCCCUCCUUCGCCGCAUCCAGCGCAAGUUCUCCGCCUCGUCGCUCGAGCUUCUCCUCGACUCGGAAGAGAAGCACAACUUGCGUCCACUCGAGACUGGCCUCUGCAUUGGCGGCUCGCUCGUCACCAACUUUGCCAAUUGCAUAGCGGGGUACGGCGCCAACGCGCCGUACGGUCUGGUCGCCACCUGCCGCCACAACGGCUGGGAUGACGCCGACGCUGACGCCGACGCUGAUGAUGUGACCCGGUGUGACAGGUCCGUUGUCCCGCUUGCGCUCCGGCGGUCGCCGUCGAUGUCCUCGCUCGACUCGAACUCGUCGCACCGGUCGAUCUGCCUCACCGACUCGGACCCUGGCGAGCGUGCACUAGGUGAGUUUGACGAAGGCUCCAACGCGUCACGAGCCACGUCGUUUGAGGACGCGCGCUCAUCGUUUGACGUCUUUGACACGCCGGCGGGCGGCGGGCAAGCGCUGCUCUCGCCGGCCCUUGGCGGCCCGCACUCAUCGCUUGGCGUCCUUGGCAUCCAUCCGCUGCGGAGGCCCAAGAACUCGACUGACUCGCUGGCGUCAGGCUCGUCGGCGGCGUCACCGUCGUCGCCGGCGUCGCGCGACGCACCAAGCCCUCUCUCGAACUCGGCUUCACCGUUUCUCACGCCCGAGACCUUCUACGGGCGGCUGUGGGGCCACUCGGAGCGGCGGACGGCGUGGAACUCGCAGGCGGCGGCCCACGCUCAGCUCGGCGGCGGAGGCUCAGGCUCGUUUGCAGGCGGCGAGUCCGGCUCGGGCGACCUCGGCGUGCUCAACGGCACCGCGCUCUACGCACCGGUGCUGGAGCGAAUGGAUGUGCUUCAGUUCCGGGCACGAUACUCGUUUGCACCGCAUGUGGUCUACGCCCUGCUCUCGGGCCGGCUUGUGGUGGUGCAUGCCCGGCCAGCGUCGCGGGCGGUGGUCAAGUCGCUCGUUUCGGCGCUCUCGCUCUUUGUGCCUGGCCUCAACCGGUCGGUCCAGGUGUGGCGGACCAAAGGUGUGGGCCUCACUGAGCUGGCUACGCUGCGACUUGUGGGCCUCUCCAAGGCCGUGCCCAUCACGCCCAUGCUCUACGCGCAUGCUACAGUCCUCGACUUUGACGACGAGGAGCUGACUGGCACGCCGUACACCGGCGGGAGCUACGUCGACAAGCUCUUGGACGCCAAGAAAGAGUGGCCGUCGCUCGACUCGUUUGUGGCCCACGUCUCGACUGUCUAUGCCGAAAUGGGCAUGGACACAUGUAUCUUUUACGCACUCUGCUGCGUGGGCCUCCAGCCCGCCUUUGCCGAGCCGACCGCAGACUUUUCCUUUCUCCCGCCAGACCUCCGCACCCUGCUCACCGAGCGCGCCGCCGCCGCCUCGCAGUCGGGCCGCUCUCUCCACGCCUCGUACCGCGAGGACGAGGCCGCCAUCCUUGCCCAGCUUAACGUCCGCGGCUGCGACAUCGAUAUUGUCCGCCAUCUCGCUCGUACCGUCAUGGAGGCUCAGCUUGUCCAUCUCCGCGCCUCCUCGUCGCCGUCGUCGUCGGCCACCUACGGCGUCUCGAUGCGUUUGUCUUGCGGCCCGGUCCAGCGCUUUGUCAACGAGGCGAACUGAUGCUUUCACAGCCUGAGCAAGACGUGCACGCUGGAUUUGUAGUCGGUUUCAUUGGCCAGUCCCUUGCAAAGCACCGGCAAUGGUGUCGAGGAGGAGGCAGAGCUCGCAAAGAAUCGCCUCAGUCUCAGCACCAUACUCACCGGUCACAGAGUUGUUCACACCCUGGUUGUAAACGACUUUGGCCGCGAGGCCGAGCAUCGGAAGCUUGAACGCUACACACGCAGACUCGAGCGUCUCGCGCGCACUCGAGAGCGAGGACAAGAGUUGCGU